AUGGUGCUGCACGUCCACGAGCAGAUUUCGAUCAAUAUGCCGAAGAUGAUCGAUAAAGCGAUCGAGAUUUCGCAGACGAUCACAAAGCAGAAGGAGUACGCUAGCGGCGUCCUGACGGGCGAAGCGGUACGGAAGAAGGCUGAUGAGUUCGAGAAGCACUUCGAGCUGAUCUCGAAGCAGAAGGCGUAUGCAAAUGGGGUGCUGAUUAGUGAAGCUUUGCGGAAGAAGGCCGAUGAAUUUGAGGGACACUUUGAGGAAUAUUUGCCGAGAGCCCGCAUCUACAACGACAAACUGAUUGAUUUUUCUGCGACUCCGAUGUUUGCAAAUGCGCAUCCGACAACCCCGUUCUAUCGAUCAGCCGCUCCUACCACGACUGCGAAAAAGCGUCUGCAGACCAAGAAAAAAGUAGAUCGGCUCAAUUACAGCCAGACUAGUGCAAUCCUGCCCUUGUGUGUUCCGCCGUUGGCGAGAACAGCC